UAUUAUUUGUUGCUGCUCAUGAUUUUUUUUCAAAAACCUUCUUCUAAUGAAUGGUUAUCAAAAAAAAAGUAGUUUGAUGGGUUUGUGUUCUUUUGUGUGACCCUCUGACAGUCUACCUUUGCAUUUUGCUAAUUAUUGAUGUGGGGAGGAAAAUGCACUUCUGCAUUCAUUGAAUUUUUUGGAUUGAUCCAAUUUAUUUUGGCAUAUUUUUUCUUACCUGCGACGAUUUUCUGAGAUUGCUUGCCAACUGUAACUUGUCUUAGGGUUUAAUUGCUUCAGUUCUUUAAAUCUUUAACAUUGUCUAUGUUCUGUGAACAAAGCAUGACUCUUUUUCUUGCUAACUUCCCUUUCACAUUGCAGGAAAGCGAUGAUAGUGAGGAUGAUAGCUCUGAUGAAAGUGAGGAUGAACAACCAGCUGCUAAAAAGUCCAAGGUUGCUCCGGAUAGUGGUAAAGCUGCUAAAGUUAAAAAGGUAAGCAGUAGUGAAGAGGAGGAAUCUGAAGAAUCAUCCGAUGAUGAUGAGGAAAGUGAUGAUGAAAAAACUCCAAAGAAAAAAGACACAGAUGUAGAAAUGUUGGAUGCUACGACCCCACAGAAAAAUGCCAAGCAGCAGGAAGUAAGAUCUGGGAAGAAAGCUCCCCAAACUCCUGCAACUCCUCAAGUUCAAUCUACUGGAUCAAAGACUUCAUUUGUUGGAAACUUAUCUUUCCAAAUUGAACAAGAUGAAAUAAAGAAUUUCUUUAAGGAUGCUGGUGAGCUUGUGGAUAUACGUCUUGCCACUGAUGCUGAAGGGAACUUUAAGGGGUAUGGACAUGUUGAAUUUGCUACUGCAGAGGCUGCACAGAAGGCCUUAGAAUUGAAUGGUGAAUAUUUGAUGAACCGUGCUGUUAGACUUGAUCUGGCGCGUGAAAGGGGUGCAUAUACACCACAUAGCAGCAAUGGGAACAAUUCGUUCCAAAAAGGUGGAAGAGGUAACGUUCGAACAAUAUAUGUCAGAGGAUUUGAUCAGUCUCUUGGUCAGGAUGAGAUUAAGAAUUCGUUGAAAGAGCACUUUGGUCCUUGCGGAGAGAUUUCUAGGGUUGCAAUACCAGUAGAUUGGGAAACUGGUGGUGUGAAAGGUUAUGCUUAUUUGGAUUUCAACGACGGAGAUAGUUUCAACAAAGCUCUAGUGCCAUGGGUUGCGCAUGGGAUCUCGCAAUCAUGACGAACUCGUGCGAUCCAUCACAUUCGAGGGAGGUCAUUUGGCCCAAUUGGACUGGUCUAUUGCCUGGAGAAAUUAAAAGCCCAUCUCCGGAGCUUGGCAAAUAAGGAAAGUGAUUUUCUAAAGAUAUGCUUGGCAAAUAUGGAAGGUGAUCUUUGGAGAUAUGUGAUCCUAGAUAUUAAAUGUAAUCUUUAGAAUAUACGAUUAUGUAAUUUUAGAGAUUUGAUAUUUUGAUAGCUUUUAAUUGU